AUGGCUUCUGGUCUAUCAAGCUCUUACACUCGCAGGCGUCGGAUAGAGUGGCCAACGAUGGACCGAAACAUUUGGGACAUCAUCCAUUCAAGAGAGGCUGACAGCAACGCGGCGAAUUCAAACCUUGAAAUCCCAGAAACUGCACGAGCCCUUGUGGUUAGGGAACUUUCAAAAUGCGACACAAGGCAAGGAUUCGUGCCGGACCUCCAGAUCUACGAUCAAUCGGCAGAAUGGAAUGCUGAUCUCCAUUGGCUAUCAACCAUGAUUGUGCGAACAGGGGUUCAACUGGACAAACUGUUCGAAACUAUUGAAGCAAGUGGGUUUCUUGGAGAAUUUGAAAGGGAGGCUUUCGAAUACUACCAAGUCCAACCAAAGGGCCUGCAAAUUGCUCAGAAUACCAAGGAAAACGAAGGCCAGCUCCUGCCAGAUGGCACCAUCAGCCCCAAGAGAAUGCAAUUGGAUUCUGGUUACCCCAUGGGCUUGACCCAAACCCCCAAAAGUUUGCGGCUCAGAUCAGAAACUGCGAAAACCAGUUUAAUGCCAUUGAGAAGGCAUUCCGAGAUGCAGAGGGCCUGA